AUGGACUCCGGCGAGGCUCCCGUCGUCCCCGUGAGCCCAUCAGCCACCGCAGAGAUCCCACGGGCCCGGACGCCGGCCUUCUGGGCCGCGGCGGGUCUGGUUCUCCUCCUCGCCGUUACCCUAGGAAUCGCCACCGCUCCGGCUACCCGGCUCCGCCAUAUCCGGUCUCUGCUACCCUCCCCCGCCUCCUCCUUCCUCUCCAUUCUCCGCCGGCCGUCGGCGCUGACCCCGAUGGCGCCGUGGAAGACGGCGGGAUGGCCAUGGGGAAAGCCCAUUGUCCCCUCACCCACGCGCCCACCAUGUGUUCUCUGGAUGGCCCCUUUCCUCUCCGGCGGAGGGUACAGCUCCGAGGCCUGGUCCUACAUCACUGCUCUCAGCAGGAUGAUGGAGGAAAUGGAAAACCCGCCGAUUCGGCUCACGAUCGACCAGCACGGGGACCUGGGGAACCCCGAGUUCUGGGCCGGCUUGUCGGAAACGGACAAGUCCCUGGCGCGGCGGCUCUACGCCGUCGAGUGCCCGCCGGCGGAGACGGUGGUGGUCUGCCACAGCGAGCCGGGCGCGUGGGCUCCGUCGUUGUUCCAGACGACGCCAUGCCCGCCGGGCGGCGCUUACGCGGCGGCGCUGGCCGUCGUGGGGCGGACCAUGUUCGAGACUGACCGAGUCGAACCGGAGCACGUACGUCGGUGCAACCGCAUGGACGCCGUGUGGGUGCCCACCGAGUUCAACGCCGCGACCUUCGUCGGCAGCGGCGUGGAGGCCUCCAAGGUGGUGGUGGUGGCGCAGCCCGUGGACGUUUACUUCUUCGACCCUUCCAGGCACCGCCCGUUGACACUCCCCUCCGGGGACCCAGUGCUGCCGCCGGCGAACGCCCACCGGAGGGGAAGCUUCGUCUUCCUCAGUAUCUUCAAAUGGGAGCGUAGGAAAGGAUGGGACCUGCUGCUGGGGGCCUUCUUGCAAGAGUUCUCGGCGGCGGAUGGGGUCUCCCUCUACAUCUUGACGAACCCAUUUCACGACGGCGGCGGCGGCGGCGAGAUCCGGCGGAGGAUCUCGGAGUUUGUUACCGCCGCCGGAUUGGCGGCGCCGGAGGAGGGGUGGGCGCCGGUUUAUCUCCUGGAGGCGCACAUCCCGCAGGUGGAGCUGCCGAGGCUGUACAAGGCGGCGGACGCCUUUGUGCUCCCGUCAAGGGGGGAAGGGUGGGGGAGGCCCCUGGUGGAGGCCAUGGCCAUGGAGCUGCCGGUCAUCGCCACCAACUGGUCCGGCCCGGCGGAGUUCCUCACGGCGGAGAACAGCUACCCGCUGCCCGUUGACCGGAUGAGCGCGGUGGGGGAGGGCCCAUUCAAGAGCCAUCUCUGGGCGGAGCCAUCGGUGGCGGAGCUGCGGGCUCUGAUGAGGAGGGUGGUGAGGAGCCCCGAGGAGGCUCGCCGGAGGGGACGGCGGGCGAGGGAGGACAUGGUCCGGAGGUUCUCCCCCGCGGUGGUCGCCUCCCAAGUCGUUGACCAGGUCCUCAGGGUCUCGAGGGUCCGUCAACCCAUGUCAGCAUGA